UAUUUGUACUCCACUACUUCUCACCUCUGACCAUCAGUUCCUCCUCCGUGCAGCAGUGAGAGCCGGAUCCUAUCAGAUGGUUUCCAGUCUGAUGGCAGCAGGAGCUCAGGUGGAGCAGGUGUGUCUGAAGAAGUGGACGGCCAUGCACGAAGCCUCCAGAGCCGGCUGUGUUCCUGUCAUGGAGCUCCUGCUGCAGAGCGGGGGAAAGGUUUCAGAGACGGACCAGUACGGAGUCACUCCUCUGGGCAUCGCUGCGGAGUACAGCCACUCUGGAGUCCUGGAGCUCCUCAUCAAACACGGUGCUGAUGUGAACGCCCAGGCACCAAAUGGCGACAGUGUUCUGUACGACGCUGCAGGUUCAGGAGACCCGGACUGUCUCAACAUCCUGCUGCAGAACGGAGCCAAUCCCAACGUCCACAACCUGAGCUCCCAGCUGCCCGUGCACCACGCUGCGUACGAGGGACACCACCUAGCUUUAAGGAUUUUGAUCCCGAUCACCACCAGACGGGCCCUGCGUGUCUCCGGCCACAGCCCCGUCCACUCUGCUGCGGACGGAGGAAACACCCGCUGCCUGGAGCUGCUGCUGCAGAAAGGCUUCGACGUCAACGCUCAGCUAGCCCCUCACAUCUCCGACAACUACGGAGACAUGAGGAAAAGCCCGCUGUACUUCGCCGUCUCCAACGGGGACGCCACCUGUACUGAGAUUCUGCUCAAAUCGGGGGCCAAUCCCAACCUGGACCCUCUGUGCUGCCUCCUGGUGGCGGUGAGGUCGGGACGCUACGACAUCGUGGAGCUGCUGCUGGCGGCUAAAGUGGACGUGAACUGUUACUUCACGGUGCUGAACGACACGGUGUUUCCCACGGCGCUGCAGUACUGCCUGAAGGACGAGGUGAUGAUGAGGCUGCUGCUCAACAACGGAUACAAUGCAGAGAAGUGUUUCUGCUGCCACCAUGAGGACGACUGGGACGAGCUGAGCGAGGAGGAGAAAGUCCCUUUUUGUGAUUUCGUCAGCGUCUCCUGGCUGGACAACCUGGUGGGCCGAGUCGUGUCGAUCCUCCUCGAAUAUGUCGGUGAGGUUUCCCUCUGCAGCAAACUGACAAAAACCCUGGAGGAACACAAGGAGUGGCCUCACAUCCACUGGACAUUAU